GACAUAAUUUCCGGUUGGCGAUUUCCGGUCGGAACACGUUUGUUACUUCGUCAUUAGUUCUUGGUCGGUGUACUUCAUGUUAUGAUUGUGGAUCGUUUAAAAUAAGUGUUGAUCUGAAGAUAAAUAACGGAUUGUUCCUAAAGAAAGAGAACAACACGCCGCCAAGAUGCCACGAAUUAUGAUCAAAGGAGGCGUGUGGCGCAACACGGAGGAUGAGAUCCUAAAGGCAGCGGUGAUGAAGUACGGGAAGAACCAGUGGUCCCGUAUCGCGUCGCUGCUGCACCGCAAGUCGGCCAAGCAGUGUAAGGCCAGAUGGUAUGAGUGGCUCGACCCCAGCAUCAAGAAGACUGAGUGGUCCAGAGAGGAGGAGGAGAAGCUGCUUCAUCUGGCCAAGCUGAUGCCCACCCAGUGGAGAACCAUCGCUCCCAUCAUCGGACGUACCGCUGCCCAGUGCCUGGAGCACUACGAAUACCUCCUAGACAAAGCUGCCCAGAGGGAUAAUGAGGAGGAGGGUGGCGAUGACCCCCGCAAAUUAAAACCAGGAGAGAUUGACCCCAACCCUGAGACGAAGCCCGCCCGACCCGACCCGGUGGACAUGGAUGAAGAUGAGCUGGAGAUGCUGUCAGAAGCCCGGGCCAGGCUAGCCAACACCCAGGGUAAAAAGGCCAAGAGGAAGGCCAGGGAGAAGCAGCUGGAGGAGGCCAGGCGUCUGGCUGCACUUCAGAAACGACGGGAGCUGAGGGCGGCAGGCAUAGAUGUCCAGAAGAAGAGGAAGAAGAAGAGGGGGGUCGACUACAACGCCGAAAUCCCCUUUCAGAAGAAACCCGCCCAGGGCUUCUACGACACCAGCAUGGAGGAGUACAAUGCGCUGGAGCCAAACUUUAAAAGGCUUCGCCAGCAGCACCUGGAGGGAGAGCUACGCAAUGAGCGCGAGGAGCGGGACAGGAAGAAGGACAAGCAAAAGAUCAAGAAGAAGAAGGAGAAUGACCUGCCAUCUGCCAUCAUCCAGACCAGCGGCGUGGCAGAGUUCACCAAGAAGCGCUCUAAGCUGGUGCUGCCGGCUCCGCAGAUCAGCGACGCGGAGCUUGAGGAGGUUGUGAAGGUGGGUGUGGCCAGCGAGGCGGCCCGCCAGGCCGCGGAGGAGAGCGAGAGCGGCAACUCUGCCUCCUCUGCCCUCCUCUCGGAGUACAACCUGACAAACAACCAGGGCCUCCGCACUCCCCGCACGCCGGCCGCCCAGGACAAGAUCAUGCAGGAGGCCCAGAACCUGAUGGCUCUGACAAACAUAGACACGCCCCUGAAAGGGGGCCUGAACACGCCGCUGCACCAGAGCGACUUCAGCGGCUCCACCCCUCAGCGCCAGCAGGUGCAGACGCCCAACACCGUCAUCACCACACCCUUCAGAACUCCAAGUCAGAGCCAGGGGGCGGAAAGCCUGACCCCCCAAGCCGGAGCCGCAGGGGGCCUGACCCCCCGUGGGGCCCUCACCCCCGGGACCACCCCCAGCCGCACGCCCUUAAGGGACAAGCUCAACAUCAACAGUGAGGAGCAGCUUGCGGACCCUGCGUACGCCAAACACCUGCUGAGGGAAAGCCUACAGCAGCUGAAGCAAGGCCUGAUGUCACUUCCUGUUCCCAAGAACGACUUUGAGAUUGUGCUUCCGGAAAAUGCAGAGAGUGGGCUGGAAGACACAGAGACGCCUGCAGGGUUCAUUGAGGAUGCUAGCGACAUGGAGAACCGCAAGCAGGCUGUGCGGGACUUUGAGCGAGAGAAGGAGCUGAAGCUGCGUCACACUCCGGUGCGAAGGAAUCUGCCAAGACCCACAGAGGUCAAUGAGUCAGUACUUAGGCCCGCCUCCGUUGAGCCCCUUUCUGACCUCCAAUUGGCUGAGGAGUUGAUCAAACAAGAGAUGAUCACCAUGCUGCACUUUGACUGCCUGCACCAUCCUUCGACUGCCUCAGCCAGCCAACUGCAGCGCUUCAAGUCCAGAGGGACCGCCUCCGCAUCCAACAACGCCUCUCACAUCGCAUACCUUGAGUCGAACAGCUACCAGCCAAUCAGCACAGAGGAGAUGGAGCAGGCCUCAGGUCUCCUGGUAGCAGAGAUGGACGUGGUGAAGUCAGGGAUGAGCCACGGAGACCUCAGCAUGGAGGCGUACAGCCAGGUGUGGGAGGAGUGCUACGGCCAGGUGCUGUACCUCCCGGGCCAGAACAGGUACACCAGAGCUAACCUGGCCUCCAAGAAGGACCGCAUUGAGAGCCUUGAGAAGAAACUAGAGGUCAACCGGGGUCACAUGACGGCGGAGGCCCGCAGAGCAGCCAAGCUGGAGAAGAAACUCAAAGUGCUGCUGGGAGGCUUCCAGUCCAGAGCACUGGGACUUCUGAAGCAGCACAACGAGCUCUGGGAGCAGGUGGAGCAGGCAGCGACCGAGCUGCAGACCUUCACACAGCUGAAGAAACAGGAAGAUCUGGCUAUACCCCGGCGACAGGAGGGCUUGCGGGAGGACGUUGAGAGGCAGAUGGAGAGAGAGCGCGAGCUGCAGCACAGAUAUGGAGACCUUCUCAUGGACAGAGAGACGGUGCUCUCUAACCCCCAGAAGUACUGACUCGGCCCGCUCCCACAUUUUGGUGUCUGGCUCGACACGUGACCUUUGGGCUGAUUCUAUCUAGUAUCAGAUCUAGAACAUGCUUUACCUUUACACACAUUCCAGCACAGUUCAAGUCAUUUGGGUGCAGUGUUGCCAGAUUGGUUGGGAAAUCUGGAAACCCUGCUUGGGCUUGGUGUUUGAGUCCAGGUAUUUUGUCUAUAUAACUGGGCCUCAUCUAACGAUGUGACAGUGGCCUUUAUACAGACACUUACUGCUCAUCUAACUUCACGGUAACAAUGGGGACAACAUUUCUUGCUCCUGUAACAUGCAUCUUCUGACUGAUUAGAACCUGUGUGUGGCCGCUAAUGUAAUUUGUCGAGUGAUAUCCAAGGCUUUGUGAGCAUGCUCAGUCGAGGUAUUGGAUUCUGUACUAGUGAUAAUAAAGUUACUUUUUGACAAAU